AUGUUGCCACUGCACAAGGCAGCUUUCUAUGGAAACCUGGAACGGGUCGUCAAACUGUUGAAUAGAGGAGCCGAUGUAAACGAGACGGAUGAUGACAACGAUACCCCUCUAGCCAUGGCAGCCCAUCAUGGACACGUUGCAGUUGUCCGUCUGUUGCUAGAACGAGGGGCCACCAAUUCAGUGGUGGGUUUCGGACUCACACCUCUGAUGAUUGCAGCCAUUGAAGGUCACCGAGCCAUUGUGAAUCUUCUGUUGGAUAACGGAGCUGAGGUAGACGAAAAAGAUUAUGAUGGGCGCACACCUCUAUAUCAUGCAUGCGAGAGUCAAGAACUAAACACUGCCAGGCUUUUAAUCGACCGAGGUGCCGAUGUAAAUAUCGUUGAGCAAGAAUGUGGAUGGAAUCUUUUGUUUUGUGCAUGCAGCCACGGUCAUUUGGAUGUGGUGCAAUUUUUGUUGGAUCCGAGUAUUGGAUUUGACAAUCUAGAGGGGAGGAACUUCUUCGGAAGCGCACCUUUACACUCGGUUUUUCUUGGAGGAAACACUCGAAUGCAGAUUGCAAGUCUAUUGUUGGAUAGGGGAGUCAACAUUGACGCUGUGAACAAAAAAGGAUGCACGCCUCUGCAUUUUGCCUGUGACUCUGGCGAUUUGCAAAGUGUAGAGUUCUUGGUCGGGCGUGGUGCUAGUUUGACGGCCACGAGAGAGGACGGUGUUACACCCUUUUACCUGGCAUGUGCUCUCGGGUACGUACAAGUUGCUCAGCACUUGUUCAACGCUAGUCGAGAUCAAAUGCUCGAUCUACAAAAUAUUCUCGAAGCAAGGGGAAUUGACGAAACGACACCACUUCAUGUUGCAUGUCAAAAUGGACAUGUGCCGGUCGUUCAGUUUUUGCUUAACCAAGGAUCCGAUUUGGAGGCAAUCGACGGGGGACUCGGGUGCACGCCUUUGAUCAUCGCGUCGGGUCAAGGUGAAUCGCAGGUGGUACAGAUGCUGCUACGCCAUGGUGCGAAUAUUGAAGCAACGACCAACGACAAUGCAACAUCGCUCCACCACGCAUCUCAAGGAGGACAUUAUGAAGUUGUUACAUCCCUGUUGGAGUGGAUUGAAAACAAAGGGCUCGAUCGAGACUCAACCGUAGACGCAAUGAGCGAGCGUGGAGGUACACCCUUGUAUUGUGCAUGUAAGCAAGGACACUUGGAGGUUGUAAAAAUAUUGUUGGAUGCUGGUGCCAAUGCGGAAGCAGCUGGAACUGACGAGGACGGCGGCGCCCUGCUACAUGGAGCGUCGUUGAAUGGUGAUUUGGAAAUGGUCAAGUUCCUCUUCGAUACUCUGCCAUCGGAUUGUCGAGAAGCCAAGGACAGAAUGGGAUUCACUCCGUUGAUUUCGGCGUGCAUGGGAGGAGAAAUUCAAGUUGUCCAGUUCCUCCUGAAUAAUGAUGCCGAUAUCAAAGCGACGUCAGUCGAUGAAAAGACAUCACUGCACUUUGUUUCACUACUAGAUGGCAAUUAUGUCGAGAUGGCAGAAUUAUUGUUGGACUAUGGCGCCGAUAUGGAGGCGAGGGACGAGUUUGGAGAUACGCCAUUGCGUAUUGCUUGCGAGAAUGAUCAUCUUCAAGUGGCAAAGCUUUUAGUGGAGAGAGGCGCAACUGUCGAUGACAAUAAAUGGACACCAUUCGAAUUGGCAGAGCAAGAUGACACAUUGGAUCUUUUGUUUACGGUGAUCCGCAAAAACCCUUGGUUGUGCCAGGAGUAA